AUGGUUUCAAAAUGCACGAAAUCGUGGUCAACAGCAUGUUUAUGCGAUUACAUCAGCAAUUGUUCUGCAACUUGCUUAGCUUAUUUUAGCAAUUGGACUUCUACAUUACCCCGUUGUGGCGGCUAUCGAGGAAAUGCCAUAGCAUUGGUUGAAAUGAGUGAUUGUGGUGGUCGUUUUAUUGGCGCCAUUGCCCAACAGUGCAAAUGUAAGUAA